GUGACAAAAAAAAUGAGUUUCAGCUUUCACUUAAAAUACCAUCAGAAGACCAGAGAGAUCUCCAGGGCUUGUAUCCUAAAGAAUGCCUCACUCGGCCAUUCUUGGGAUGAAAGGACCCUUCGCACCAACCAGGCAUUCCCCUCCGCCCUAUCUUGCUGUGGCCCCCUGCAGCGAGGGGGCUCUGAUAGGUCCGAAGGAUUAAUGGGACUGGCCUGCAGGGCAGAAGCAUCCCUGUCUAUAAAACCUCUUCGCUCACUACAGCAAACCGCCUUGUGUUUAGACAGGCAGAUCACAAACGCGCUUUUACGCACGACGCACCGUCACGCUUAUUUUGGCAUACAAAGUUUAGGCGCGACUAUGAUUCUGUCCGGUGAAUCUGAGGCGCCUCACCAAACUAGACUGUCUGUGGAAGAGCAUGAGAUUGAUAUAGUGGGCAGUGAAGAGCCUGUCCACCAGCUGGUGUUCCGGACCGAGUGCUCCACGGACGCCGGAUUUUCGACAGAAUCUGGUGCUGAGUUUGACUCCUCAGAGCCCGAUUCCUCUGGGGAAAGCGAGAGCAGCUUCAGCACAGACGCUCCGACGCCCAGGAAGGCUCAGAGUGGCUCGGUAAAGCCUCCGUACUCUUACAUCGCCCUCAUCACCAUGGCCAUCCUGCAGAGCCCACUGAAGAAGCUGACGCUGAGCAGCAUCUGCGACUUCAUCAGCAACAAGUUUCCCUACUACAGGGAGAAGUUCCCAGCUUGGCAGAACUCCAUCAGACACAACCUCUCUCUCAAUGACUGUUUCAUCAAGAUCCCAAGGGAGCCCGGGAACCCGGGGAAAGGUAACUACUGGUCUCUGGACCCUGCGUCUGAGGAUAUGUUUGACAACGGCAGCUUCCUGCGUAGGAGGAAGCGAUUCAAGAGGAACCAGCCGGAAUUCAGCAGAGACGGAUUGUUUUACUCUAACCUGAGCAGCUACAGACCGUACGGACAGCCGUAUAGCGCACAGGGGCAGGUAAAUCUCUUACCCGCUGCUCCGGCUCGGUACAUACCCUUGCAGGAUGUCACUAUGAUGCCCCCUUCUUCUUACCAUCUUUUACCGCGUGCUCUAAACGCCAACGAGAAAAGCAGCGGGCCUAAAGACUCCAGAGCGCAGCCGUGCGUAACAGAGCCAAAGUCUGGCGCUCAAGCAAAGUGCUCAUUCAGCAUCGACAGCAUCAUGAGCAGACCAUCUCCCAGCGGUGCACAAAACCCACAUCCACUCCACUCUCUUCACGGCGGCCUUGAAUUUGGCCAUCUGAUGUCAAACCCGGCAUCCCGUUUGGUACCAGCGUUCCUGCAGCCUUUAAAGACUCACCUGCACUACAGGCCUGCAAUGCCGAGCACUGCUCCUUUAAUAAACGAGCAUCUCCUACAUUCUGUCCCUCAAUGCUGA